AUGGACGCAGACGCAACUAAUAGAUUUGUUCCCGAAUAUCGUCGUACUAAUUUCAAGAAUAAAGGACGUUUUCAAAGUGAUGAAUUGAGAAGAAGAAGAGAAACUCAUCAAGUUGAUUUGAGAAAACAAAAAAGAGAAGAAGUGUUGGCCAAAAGAAGAAACUUUACCAACGAAGGUAAUGAUUCUGAAGAAGAAGAUGAAUAUGAUGCCAAUCAAAAUAAUGACGAAAAUCAAUUUUACAUCAAGUUGAAACAAGAUUUACCAAAAAUGAUUGAAAUGAUCCAAGCACCUGAUUUCGAUAGUCAAUUAGCAGCAACAGUUAAAUUCCGUCAAAUUUUAUCGCGUGAACACAACCCACCAAUCGAUAUGGUUAUUGAAAGUGGUGUCAUACCUACCUUGGUUGAAUUUAUGAAGGAAGACCACCCAGAUAUGUUACAAUUGGAAGCUGCCUGGGCCUUGACCAAUAUUGCCUCUGGUAACUCUUCUCAAACCAGAGUUGUUGUGGAAGCCAAUGCCGUUCCUUUGUUUGUCAGAUUGUUAUACUCCCCAUCUCUUGAAGUGAAAGAGCAAGCCAUCUGGGCUCUUGGUAAUGUUGCUGGUGAUUCUUCUGAUAACAGAGAUUACGUUUUGAGUUGCCAUGCUAUGGAACCAGUUUUACAAUUAUUCAACUGCACAAAGAUGUCCUUGAUUCGAACUGCUACCUGGACAUUAUCCAAUUUGUGCCGUGGUAAGUCCCCACAACCAGACUGGAACACAGUGUCCCAAGCAAUUCCAACUUUAUCCAAAUUGAUCUACUCAGUCGACGCCGAAACUUUAGUUGACGCGUGCUGGGCUGUUUCUUACUUGUCUGAUGGUACCUCUGAAGCCAUCCAAGCUGUUGUUGAUGCCAGAAUCCCACACCGUCUUGUUGAAUUAUUAGGUCAUGAAUCUACAUUGGUUCAAACUCCAGCAUUACGUGCCAUUGGUAACAUAGUCACAGGUAAUGAUUUACAAACACAAAUUGUCAUCAAUGCUGGUGUUUUGUCUGCCUUGGCUCCAUUAUUAAACUCUCCAAAAGAUACUAUAAGAAAAGAAGCAUGUUGGACCAUUUCAAACAUUACUGCUGGUACUAGUGACCAAAUCCAAGCUGUUAUUGAUGCUAACUUGAUUCCACAAGUCAUUAGAUUAUUGAUUGAAGGUGAUUAUAAGACCAAGAAAGAAGCAUGUUGGGCUAUUUCAAAUGCUUCUUCUGGUGGUUUGACCAAACCAGACCAAAUUCGUUACUUGGUCAGUCAAGGAUGUAUCAAACCAUUAUGUGACUUGUUAGCAAUUGCUGAUUCCAAAAUUAUCGAGGUUACAUUAGACUCCUUAGAAAAUAUUUUGAAGAUGGGAGAAAUGGACAAAGAGGCUAGAGGAGCCCAAGUCAAUGACUAUGCAUUGUACAUUGAAGAAGCUGGUGGUAUGGAAAAGAUCUUUGAAUGUCAAAACAAUCCAAACGAAAAGAUCUACCAAAAAGCAUUCAAUAUUAUUGAAAAAUACUUUUCCGACGAUGAAGGUCAAAUUGACGAUGAAAACAUUGUUCCUGAAAGUUAUGGCAAUGCAUUUGGUUUUGGUAUGGACACCAACCAACAACAACAAAACUUCCAAUUUUAA